AUGGAUUUGCUUCCAUGCACUUCAAGGAUGUGGCUCUUCAUAAUGGGGGCAGGAUUGGUCCAAGCCCUUGUUACUUCAGGAAUAUUUAUGAAAAGAAGAACUGUACACCCAGAAGCUACUAUGGAUGUUGGUGAAAUGAUUUCUUUCAGAGGAUAUCCCAGUGAGACAUAUGAAGUGGUGACAGAUGAUGGGUGUAUCCUGAGUAUUAACAGAAUUCCUCAUGGGAAAAGAAAUAACCGGGAAUCCGGUCCCAGGCCUGCAGUGUUCUUGCAGCAUGGCUUGUUUGGUUCUAGCAGUAACUGGGUGUUUAAUAUGGACUACAACAGCCUGGGCUUUAUAUUGGCUGAUGCUGGAUAUGAUGUUUGGCUUGGAAACACCAGAGGUAACACUUGGUCCAACAAACACAUCAACUAUACUGAGAAGCAUCAAGAAUUCUGGCUAUUCAGUUUUGAUGAAAUGGCUAAAUACGACCUUCCAGCUUCAAUAAACUUUGUCCUGAACAAAACUGGUCAGGAAAAAAUAUUUUAUGUUGGUCAUUCCGAGGGCACCACAAUGGCAUUCAUUGCAUUUUCAACCAUGCCACACCUAGCCAAGAAGAUCAAGAUGUUCUUUGCAUUGGCACCAGUAGUCACUGUAAAGUACUUGACCAACACGGCUUUGACCAAACUUGCAAUGGUUCCUGAACCUAAGCUCAAAAAAAUGUUUGGAACUAAGCAGUUUUUAGCUCAAGACAGAACAAUGAAAUGGUGUGCUACUUACUUGUGUAACCGUUUCCCAAUGGAUUAUCUUUGUGGCAGUGUUGUCUUCAUCGGAACUGGCUUUAAUGUGCUAAACAUCAAUGCGAGUCGAAUCGAUGUUUAUUUAUCACACUGUCCAGCUGGGACAUCUAUCCAGAACAUGCUUCACUGGGUUCAGAUUGUGAAGGCUGGGAAGUUCAAAGGCUUUGACUGGGGAAGCAAGGAAGCAAACAUGGCUCACCACAACCAGUCAACACCGCCUUUCUACAACGUACAACAGAUGACUCUUCCAACAGCUGUCUGGAGUGGUGGUAACGACUGGAUUGCAGACUCAAAGGACAUGGCCCUCUUGCUGCCUCAGAUCCCAAACUUAGUUUACCACAAGGAUAUUCCUGAAUGGCAACAUCUGGAUUUUGUCAUAGGCUAUGAUGCCCCACAGCGCAUGUACAUAGAGAUAAUGGAUUUAAUGCAGACUUACAAGUGAAUGUGAAAUAUUCCUUCAGAACCCAUUACUGUCAAUGUGUGUUGAU